UUGAUGUCUCCUUUUAAAUCAGUGUGCUUGCGUUUGUCGUCGGCAUCAGAUAUAAAAACAUUGAAGAUAGAUUUGAAUCAAAGUUUCACUUUUCUUUGAAAGUUUGGUGUUUGUUUUUUCUUUUUUUUUCCUUUUAUAUCAAAUUGAAAUGAAGUCCAUAAUCAAGAUGAGAUCAGUCUUUUUCUUCUUUAUCUCAGUGUUGAUAAUGACUUGUGCAAGCCAGAGAUCGCCGUAUGCUGGACGACGGCCCGUUGGUUACCCUGCACUUGAAACUGUUACUCCAGCGCCGCGAAACGACUCUGUAGGAAAUAGAUUUGGCGAAAAUGGUACUACCACCACCCAGCGGUUACCAGUUGAGGCAUUAGGUGACAGAGAUCUUUUCAAUCGGCUCGGUCAGCUCCCUCAAGAUAACCAACCUUUCUGGUUCAUCAACUGGAAAGCCCUGGAACAGCAGAGACAGCGGCCGCAAAGCUAUCCUCAAAAACCGAAUAUUUUUGCUGAAUUCCCUGUGAUACCCGUCCAAACUGUCCGAACUGCCCAAACUGCUCAAACACCUCAAAACGCCAAACCACAACCUGCACAAAACAAUCGAGUGUCCGGAUCGGACCAAACAUUGCAGGAUAAUCAAAUAUUUGAAUAGAAGGAGUUUUAAGCGUGUAUCAAUUUUUUUUUUAUAUACCUACUAAUGUGAUAUUACAUUUAGUGAUUUAAGACACAUUAAACGAAAAUCAAGUUUUUCAAA